AUGUUGUUCAUGAAAGGAGAUCGCAAUACCCCCAGGUGUGGCUUCAGCAAGCAGAUUAUAGAAAUUCUAAACCAAUUAAAUGCACAAUAUGACACUUUUGAUAUUCUAUCUGAUGAAGAGGUGAGACAGGGAUUAAAGAAAUACUCAGAUUGGCCUACUUAUCCGCAAUUAUACAUAAAUGGAGAGCUUGUUGGUGGCCUGGAUAUAGUUAAGGAGAUGACAGCUAGUGGUGAGCUUCAAUCUAUGCUAAAUGCUGUAUGA